CCGUUCGGGCUGCGGAUUCCUCCAGUCCCUCCCCCGGCCGCCUCUCCUCCCGGAGCGAGCGCGCAGCCCCGCGCAGCAGCGCCCACUGGUCCCGUCCUGUGAGCCCCGGCCCCAGCCGCCGCCAGCCCCGCGGAGUCGCCCUCCCCGGCCCACCCGCCCGGCCGCCGAGGAGCGGGAGGAGGACGGGACCCCGGCGCCCCCACCCCACCCCCGGAGAACUGUAAGAAGGAACUGAUGUGGAAGAGUGCCUGAGACAGUUCAAGAUGACGACCACAGUGGCCACAGACUAUGACAACAUUGAGAUCCAGCAGCAGUACAGCGAUGUCAACAACCGCUGGGAUGUGGAUGACUGGGACAACGAGAACAGCUCCGCACGGCUCUUCGAGCGGUCCCGUAUCAAGGCUCUGGCAGAUGAGCGUGAAGCUGUACAGAAGAAGACCUUCACCAAGUGGGUCAACUCCCACCUUGCCCGAGUGUCCUGCCGAAUCACAGACCUGUACACCGACCUCCGAGAUGGACGGAUGCUCAUCAAGCUGCUGGAGGUCCUCUCCGGAGAGAGGCUGCCUAAACCCACGAAGGGACGGAUGCGCAUCCACUGUCUGGAGAAUGUAGACAAGGCUCUUCAGUUCCUGAAGGAGCAGAGAGUCCAUCUUGAGAACAUGGGUUCCCAUGACAUUGUGGAUGGGAACCACCGGCUGACCCUCGGCCUCAUCUGGACCAUCAUCCUGCGCUUCCAGAUCCAGGAUAUCAGUGUGGAGACUGAAGAUAACAAAGAGAAAAAGUCUGCCAAGGAUGCUCUGCUGCUGUGGUGCCAGAUGAAGACAGCUGGGUACCCAAAUGUCAACAUUCACAACUUCACCACGAGCUGGAGGGAUGGUAUGGCCUUCAAUGCACUGAUACACAAACACCGGCCUGACCUGAUAGAUUUUGAUAAACUGAAGAAAUCCAAUGCACACUACAACCUGCAAAAUGCAUUUAACCUGGCAGAGCAGCACCUUGGCCUCACUAAGCUGUUAGACCCUGAAGAUAUCAGCGUGGACCACCCUGAUGAGAAGUCUAUCAUCACCUAUGUGGUGACCUACUACCACUACUUCUCCAAGAUGAAGGCCUUGGCUGUGGAAGGAAAGCGGAUUGGGAAGGUGCUCGACAAUGCUAUUGAGACAGAGAAAAUGAUUGAGAAGUAUGAGUCACUAGCCUCUGACCUUCUGGAGUGGAUUGAGCAAACCAUCAUCAUUCUGAACAAUCGCAAGUUUGCUAAUUCCCUAGUUGGGGUCCAGCAGCAGCUUCAGGCGUUCAACACUUACCGCACAGUGGAGAAACCACCUAAGUUCACCGAGAAGGGCAACUUGGAGGUGCUGCUUUUCACAAUUCAGAGCAAGAUGAGAGCUAACAAUCAGAAGGUCUACAUGCCCCGGGAAGGGAAGCUCAUCUCUGAUAUCAACAAGGCCUGGGAAAGACUGGAAAAAGCAGAACAUGAGCGAGAACUGGCCCUGCGGAAUGAGCUCAUAAGGCAGGAAAAACUGGAACAGCUCGCCCGCAGAUUCGAUCGCAAGGCAGCUAUGAGGGAGACGUGGCUGAGCGAAAACCAGCGACUGGUGUCUCAGGACAACUUUGGAUUUGACCUUCCUGCAGUUGAGGCCGCCACCAAAAAGCACGAGGCCAUUGAGACAGACAUUGCUGCAUAUGAAGAGCGUGUCCAGGCUGUGGUGGCCGUGGCCAGGGAACUUGAAGCAGAGAACUACCAUGACAUCAAGCGCAUUACGGCGAGGAAGGACAAUGUCAUCCGGCUCUGGGAAUACUUGCUGGAAUUGCUCAGGGCCAGGAGGCAGCGUCUUGAGAUGAACCUGGGGCUGCAAAAGAUAUUCCAGGAAAUGCUUUACAUUAUGGACUGGAUGGACGAAAUGAAGGUGCUAUUGCUGUCCCAAGACUACGGCAAACACUUGCUUGGUGUAGAGGACUUGUUACAGAAGCAUGCCCUGGUUGAAGCCGACAUUGCAAUCCAAGCAGAGCGGGUAAGAGGUGUGAACGCCUCUGCCCAGAAGUUUGCAACAGAUGGGGAAGGCUACAAGCCCUGCGACCCCCAGGUCAUCCGAGACCGCGUUGCCCACAUGGAGUUCUGCUAUCAAGAGCUUUGUCAGCUGGCAGCGGAACGUAGGGCCCGCCUGGAAGAGUCCCGUCGCCUCUGGAAGUUUUUCUGGGAGAUGGCGGAAGAGGAAGGCUGGAUUCGGGAGAAGGAGAAAAUCUUGUCCUCCGAUGAUUACGGGAAAGACCUGACCAGUGUCAUGCGCCUGCUGAGCAAGCACCGGGCGUUUGAGGAUGAGAUGAGUGGCCGUAGUGCCCACUUCGAGCAGGCUAUCAAAGAAGGUGAAGACAUGAUUGCAGAGGAACACUUUGGAUCAGAAAAGAUCCGCGAAAGAAUCACUUACAUCCGGGAACAGUGGGCCAACCUGGAGCAGCUCUCAGCCAUUCGGAAGAAGCGCCUUGAGGAGGCCUCCUUACUGCACCAGUUCCAGGCUGAUGCUGACGACAUCGAUGCCUGGAUGCUAGACAUCCUCAAGAUCGUCUCCAGCAACGACGUGGGCCAUGACGAGUACUCCACACAGUCUCUGGUCAAGAAGCAUAAAGAUGUGGCGGAAGAGAUCACCAACUACAGGCCCACUAUUGACACCCUGCAUGAGCAAGCCAGUGCCCUUCCUCAAGCACACGCAGAGUCUCCAGAUGUGAGGGGUCGUCUGGCCGGCAUCGAGGAGCGCUACAAGGAGGUGGCAGAGCUGACACGGCUAAGGAAGCAGGCUCUGCAAGAUACCCUGGCCCUGUACAAGAUGUUCAGUGAGGCCGAUGCCUGCGAGCUCUGGAUUGAUGAGAAGGAGCAGUGGCUCAACAACAUGCAGAUCCCAGAGAAGCUGGAGGACCUGGAAGUCAUCCAGCACAGGUUUGAGAGCCUAGAACCUGAAAUGAACAACCAGGCUUCCCGGGUUGCUGUGGUAAACCAGAUUGCACGGCAGCUGAUGCACAGUGGCCACCCCAGUGAAAAGGAGAUCAGAGCCCAGCAGGACAAACUCAACACGAGGUGGAGCCAGUUCCGAGAGCUGGUGGACAGGAAAAAGGAUGCCCUGCUGUCUGCCCUGAGCAUCCAGAACUACCACCUCGAGUGCAAUGAGACCAAGUCCUGGAUCCGGGAAAAGACCAAGGUCAUUGAGUCUACCCAAGACCUUGGCAAUGACCUGGCAGGUGUCAUGGCCCUGCAGCGCAAGCUGACCGGCAUGGAACGAGACUUGGUGGCCAUUGAGGCGAAACUGAGCGACCUGCAGAAAGAAGCCGAGAAGCUGGAGUCUGAGCACCCUGACCAGGCUCAAGCCAUCCUGUCUCGGCUGGCCGAGAUCAGCGAUGUGUGGGAGGAGAUGAAGACGACCCUGAAGAACCGAGAGGCCUCCCUGGGAGAGGCCAGCAAACUGCAGCAGUUCCUGAGGGACUUGGAUGACUUCCAGUCUUGGCUGUCCAGGACCCAGACUGCCAUCGCCUCAGAGGACAUGCCCAACACCCUGACUGAGGCAGAGAAGCUUCUCACACAGCAUGAGAACAUCAAAAAUGAGAUUGACAAUUAUGAGGAGGACUACCAGAAGAUGCGGGACAUGGGUGAGAUGGUCACGCAGGGACAGACUGAUGCUCAGUACAUGUUUCUGCGACAGCGGCUGCAGGCCUUAGACACGGGCUGGAACGAGCUUCAUAAGAUGUGGGAGAACAGACAGAACCUUCUCUCCCAGUCCCACGCCUACCAGCAGUUCCUCCGGGACACCAAACAAGCCGAGGCUUUCCUCAAUAACCAGGAGUAUGUUUUGGCUCAUACCGAAAUGCCCACUACCCUGGAAGGAGCUGAAGCAGCUAUUAAAAAGCAGGAGGACUUCAUGACCACCAUGGACGCCAACGAGGAGAAGAUCAGCGCUGUGGUAGAGACGGGCCGGAGGCUGGUGAGCGAUGGCAACAUCAGCUCGGAUCGCAUCCAGGAGAAGGUGGACUCUAUUGAUGACAGACACAGGAAGAAUAGAGAGGCAGCCAGUGAACUUCUGAUGAGGUUAAAGGACAACCGAGACCUACAGAAAUUCCUGCAAGAUUGUCAAGAGCUGUCCCUCUGGAUCAAUGAGAAGAUGCUGACUGCCCAGGACAUGUCUUAUGAUGAAGCCAGAAACCUGCAUAGUAAAUGGUUAAAGCAUCAAGCAUUUAUGGCAGAACUUGCAUCCAACAAAGAAUGGCUUGACAAAAUUGAGAAGGAAGGAAUGCAGCUCAUUUCAGAGAAGCCAGAAACAGAAGCUGUGGUGAGGGAGAAACUCACUGGUUUACAUAAAAUGUGGGAAGUCCUUGAAUCCACCACCCAGACCAAGGCCCAGCGGCUCUUCGAUGCAAAUAAGGCUGAGCUCUUCACACAGAGCUGUGCAGAUCUAGACAAAUGGCUCCAUGGCUUGGAGAGCCAGAUCCAGUCUGACGACUACGGCAAAGACCUUACCAGUGUCAAUAUUCUGUUGAAAAAGCAACAGAUGCUGGAGAAUCAGAUGGAAGUGCGGAAGAAGGAGAUCGAGGAGCUCCAGAGCCAAGCGCAGGCACUGAGCCAGGAGGGGAAGAGCACUGAUGAGGUGGACAGCAAGCGCCUCACCGUGCAGACCAAGUUCAUGGAGCUCUUGGAGCCCUUGAAUGAGAGGAAGCACAAUCUGUUAGCCUCCAAAGAGAUCCACCAAUUCAACAGGGAUGUGGAGGACGAGAUCCUGUGGGUUGGUGAGAGGAUGCCUUUGGCCACGUCCACAGAUCAUGGCCAUAACCUUCAAACUGUGCAGCUGUUGAUAAAGAAAAACCAGACCCUCCAGAAAGAAAUCCAAGGACACCAGCCUCGUAUUGAUGAUAUCUUUGAGAGGAGUCAAAACAUCAUCACAGAUAGCAGCAGCCUCAAUGCUGAGGCUAUCAGGCAGAGACUCACCGACCUGAAGCAACUGUGGGGGCUCCUCAUUGAGGAGACGGAGAAACGCCAUAGACGGCUCGAGGAGGCACACAAAGCCCAGCAGUACUACUUUGAUGCAGCUGAAGCCGAGGCUUGGAUGAGCGAACAGGAACUGUACAUGAUGUCCGAGGAAAAGGCCAAGGAUGAGCAGAGUGCUGUCUCCAUGUUGAAAAAGCAUCAGAUUUUGGAACAAGCUGUUGAAGACUAUGCAGAGACAGUACACCAGCUCUCCAAGACUAGCCGGGGCCUGGUGGCUGACAGCCAUCCCGAAAGCGAGCGUAUUAGCAUGCGGCAGUCAAAAGUGGACAAGCUGUAUGCCGGCCUGAAGGACCUUGCUGAAGAAAGGAGAGGAAAACUUGACGAGAGGCACAGGCUCUUCCAGCUCAACAGGGAGGUCGACGACCUGGAACAGUGGAUUGCUGAGAGGGAAGUGGUCGCAGGGUCACAUGAGUUGGGACAGGACUAUGAGCAUGUCACGAUGUUACAAGAACGGUUCCGAGAAUUUGCUCGAGACACUGGGAACAUUGGGCAGGAGCGCGUGGAUACAGUCAAUCAUAUGGCAGAUGACCUCAUCAACUCUGGACAUUCAGAUGCUGCCACCAUUGCUGAGUGGAAAGACGGUCUCAAUGAAGCCUGGGCUGACCUCCUGGAGCUCAUUGACACGAGAACACAGAUUCUCGCUGCCUCCUACGAACUGCAUAAGUUUUACCAUGAUGCCAAGGAGAUCUUUGGCCGCAUCCAGGACAAACACAAGAAACUCCCUGAGGAGCUUGGAAGAGAUCAGAACACUGUGGAGACCUUACAGAGAAUGCACACCACCUUUGAGCAUGACAUCCAGGCUCUGGGCACUCAGGUGAAGCAGCUGCAGGAGGACGCAGCCCGCCUACAGGCAGCCUAUGCAGGGGACAAGGCUGAUGACAUCCAGAAACGUGAGAAUGAGGUCCUGGAAGCCUGGAAGUCCCUGCUGGAUGCUUGUGAGGGCCGCAGGGUGCGGCUGGUGGACACGGGAGACAAGUUCCGCUUCUUCAGCAUGGUCCGGGACCUCAUGCUCUGGAUGGAAGAUGUCAUCCGGCAGAUCGAGGCUCAGGAGAAACCACGGGAUGUGUCCUCUGUUGAACUGUUAAUGAAUAAUCAUCAAGGUAUCAAAGCUGAAAUUGAUGCUCGCAAUGACAGUUUCACAACUUGCAUUGAACUUGGGAAAUCCCUGCUGGCAAGGAAACACUAUGCUUCUGAGGAGAUCAAGGAAAAGUUACUGCAGUUGACAGAAAAAAGAAAAGAAAUGAUUGACAAGUGGGAAGACCGAUGGGAGUGGCUAAGACUGAUUUUGGAGGUCCAUCAGUUCUCAAGGGAUGCCAGUGUGGCUGAGGCUUGGCUGCUCGGACAGGAACCAUACCUAUCCAGCCGCGAAAUUGGCCAGAGCGUGGAUGAAGUGGAGAAACUGAUCAAGCGCCACGAGGCAUUUGAAAAGUCUGCAGCAACCUGGGAUGAGAGAUUCUCCGCCCUGGAAAGACUGACAACAUUGGAGUUACUGGAAGUGCGCAGACAGCAAGAGGAAGAAGAAAGAAAGAGGCGGCCGCCUUCUCCGGAGCCAAGCACGAAGGUUUCAGAGGAGGCUGAGUCCCAGCAAUGGGAUACUUCAAAAGGAGACCAAGUUUCCCAGAAUGGUUUGCCAGCUGAACAGGGAUCUCCACGGGAUAACGUCAUAUAGCAUCUUGUUUGUUUUUCCUAAUCUCUAUGUACAUAUCUAUCUACCUAGAGCUGUAGAUAGGUAUCUAGAUAGACGCCAAGCUUCUUAUAUUCUGGGCUAGUAUGCAUCAUUAUUGGGUCUCUGCCUUAAAACAAAUCCAAAUUUAUUGGGGGGGGGACUCUUAACUUUUUCAUUGGUCACUAGGGUUCCCUGACCAUGUCUUUAUGGCCCCAUAUCAUAUUAUGUCACUGAUCAUAUAUGUAUAUACAUAUAUGAUCUUUCCAUAUAUGUGUGUAUGUGUGUGUGCACUUAAAUUUUGUAUCAUCCAGACUGAUACCAAAUUUUAAUGCUUUUUUUAAAUUCAAAAGACAAAACCCAUAGAAGCACACAAGACAGGAUUGCCAUGAUGCCUAUUUUUGUCUAUAUUUUUAAUUAACAAUUGGAUUGGAUUGGAAGAAGAAAUAGCAAUUUCCUUCCUUUGGGUGAUGGUGCAGAGACUCAUGUUAAUGAACUCGAAAAUGGUGUUGCUUCGUGUACUUUGAAAACCAAUCAGGUGUUUCCUGUGCUAAUAGUUGUCGUGCUGCAUUCAUGUCACCUGAUUUCAGUGUCUCAGAUGUGCCCGGCCUCGAAAGCACUCUGAACUAAUGGCUAAAGAGAAGCAACAGCUGGGGGGAGGGGCCGGGGGUCACAUGUACCAUUGUUUGAUCACUAUGAUUUGCUUUUGAUGUUUGUCUCUAGUGGUGUGUUGUCUGUUGGCAUGCUUCCAGCACAUGUCCAUUAAAAUUCAUUUUUGUUCCUUUUAUUUUCAUCGUUUCCUUGGUUAGUGAUUUCAUUCAUUCACAUGAACAUUAAUUAUCUCUGCAUACUGGUUUGGGGUUUUCUCUUUCCUUCUAACUCCAAAGAAAAAAUUUUUGCUGCAGAAUUUCCAUCAGAAGAAACUUCCCCUGCCUUCACCUACCUUGAGAUGUGACCAACCCCGAUAAAUGAAUGCCUACCCGAGUCUCUGCCUCUAGUGGUUUUCAAGUCAAAACUGCAGCAGUAAAUUUUUUUUUCUGGUGUCUGUGUACUAACCCAUGUUUCUUUGCACUCACCUGGCUCAGGCCUUCCACACCAGCUCACACUUGCUCCUGACAGGAGUUUCCUGAGAUCUCUCUAGAAGAGAUGUGUCAACUUUAAGAUCCACUCAACAGUCUUUUGACUUGGGUUUUGUCUUGGUUAUUUCCCCUCCUACAACCUGCCCUUAACAGUGGAAGGAGGAGCCAGGUGUAGCAGGAUAUGCCUGCAGUCCCAGCUACUGGCGAGAGGAGAAGGGGAGUCUACUCCUCGUACCAUUUCUGCAGGCGUUGCUUGCAAAACCAGGCAAACCAAGCACUCUCUCCCCCACCCUCUUUUCUUUUUGCCCCAAUGAUACAUUCACCAUACUGAUAAAAGAGAAUAAUGAAUUUUAAGCAGAAAGAACCUUAAGAUUGCAUAGUCUCUAGUCACAGCCUAAACCUUGAUGCUAAUUAUGAUACUUUACAUAAGCCUAUAAUUCCCUGCACUAUUGGCAAGUUUCCAUUGUCAUUUCCCCAGGAAAUUCACUUUGUUUAGAAUGAAGCCCUGGGUCCAUCAAUCUAGAUAAGACCUAAGCAAGAGAGUUGACAGAUGUGAGUGUUCAAGUGGUGGUGGCCAGUUCACCUCUUUAUACUGCCGAGGCUGCUGCUAACUGGGUGUCACUCUGACUCUGGGCAGCAGUGGUGGGGAUUAUAGCUAAUGUCUAUGCCACUGAUACUUCCAUGUUUGUCCGUGUAUGAGGGGUGCAGGUUGUCUGUAAUCUACUAAAGCAUCAGCCACCCCCAGCUUUAGUAACUUGCUAAUCCAUGCCCUGGGUAUAUCAGCCAGAGGCUGCUACAGUUAAUGGUACACAGUUGAUGGUACACAGGCCGAAAACCAUAAUGAAUCAAGACACUACUACAUUUCCAAAGCCGAAAACCCGUGUGGGUUACAAUUUAAAGUGAGCUUGGGAAGGAACGCUCCUGAAGACGUCUGCAGACUGAAGGGUCAGAGCCGCUGGAAGCCUGGCUGCCUCUGGGCUCUCGUCUCAGUGCAGCAAGGCACCGUGAUCAACCACCCGUGAUGGGGAAGGCCCUGGUUCUGUCUUUGUUUGGGGGUAAAUAGCUGUGUGGUGUUGAGUGACUGUGAUUGGCUUUUCCAACUCCUUUAACAAAAACUACAACCCACUUACGACUCAACUUGGGCAGAUGUGGUUCCGUUGCCGUUUGUUGACUUGCCUCCUUUCCUUUCAGCUCUCAAGUCCCACAGUCUAACGGGGAAGAUAGCUAUGAAAUGCAUGACUGUUGUCCUAAUUUCUGCAUGUGUUUAUGGUGGUAUUUGGAGGGAGGGGGAGAGGAGAACCAGGGAGCCUCUUUCAGAAACCGAAGGUGUUUCCUUGUUGCACCUGGGAAUGCUGUGUAGUUCUGAUAGGAUUGUCUCUCCAUCUGUUUGUGAAUGCCCCUUUGCUUCUACUUCAGCCCUUCUGGUGAGACCCUUGGCUGUAAGGUGGUUGCUGUAUAAGGCUGCUGUAUAACGUCCACUCUCAUAUUUAACGUGUGUGACUGUCACCAUCGUCUUUGUGUGUUAAAGUAGCCAUGGAGGAGAUGAUCUGAGCUAUGUCAGAGAAAACAGAGCGAUCAGAGGAGCGGAGUGCAGUAAAACUCAUCCUGGCAUUUCGCUUUUCUCACUUCCCCGCAAGCGGGCGGGCAUUAAUCCAUUCCCACCUUCUAAUGUCCUUGGCGUCCAGCUGGCUUUGCGGGGUGUGCAAUGGUUUUACUGUACUGCCUCCAUCUGUGCCAGGCUUUUAUACACAGCCACGUGUGCGAGUCAGAGCGUAUGUGGUCGCCCCUUGCUCUCGGGGUUAGCUGAAUGGCCUCUCCAAU